UUUUUCUCAUGCACAAAAAAAAAAAAAACCUCUCUCAUUAUCACAUCAAUGUCAUUGCCAAAAAAGAGUCAUCGACACGAGUGAUGCGACUGAAAAUGUGCAUAAGCGACAUCAUCAUGCGUCCACUCAUAGUGUGUGUCACCUCCACCUCAUGAAGGCUGGAUCCAGUCGGCUGAAUGAAAGUGUGCGCUUCAGCAUGUUGCAUUGACCGCAGCAGUACUGCAAGCCUCGGCACAUCACAGUUCCAGAACGGCCAAUACAACAACAAAAAGAGUGUAAAAAAGACCCUUCCCCCUCCAAACCCAACGGUCACGUGCCUCCGACACCAUCAAGCUCAAGUGCAUUUGUUCUGUGUGGCUUGUUUUAAAGGAUUUUGCCACCAUCAACAGAAAAGCAGAGAGGAUAACUUUUUGGAAUUUGGUCUAGCGGGUCCUUUUUGACGUUACGCUCGCUGCGGGAUCCCACUUUCUCUCUCUUUCCCGCUGGGAAGGUCAAUAGUUAAGCAGGUUCAUUUAUCCUGAAGACCUCAGUGUUUUUAGCUCUCCGCCGCCACAGUGUUCCUCAGGAUGUACAGCUUUAUGGGAGGGGGUUUGUUCUGUGCCAUCGUGGCCAACAUCCUGUUGGUGGUCUCCACGGCGACGGACUACUGGAUGCAGUACAGACUGUCCGGGAGCUUCGCUCACCAGGGCCUGUGGAGAUACUGCAUGUCUGGCAAAUGCUACACGCAGACUGACAGUAUUGCUUACUGGAAUGCAACCCGGGCCUUCAUGAUCCUCUCAGCGAUGUCGUGUUUUGCGGGAAUCAUCGCAGGCAUCCUCUCCUUCGCUCACUUCUCCGCCUUUGAGAGAUUCAAUCGUUCCUUCGCUGCAGGAAUCAUGUUUUUUAUUUCCACACUCUUCGUUCUGCUUGCUAUGGCAAUCUACACCGGCGUGACGGUGAACUUCCUCGGGAAGCGUUUUGGUGAUUGGCGUUUCUCAUGGUCCUACAUUUUGGGCUGGGUUGCUCUGCUCAUGACCUUUUUUGCUGGUAUAUUUUACAUGUGUGCCUACAGGAUGCAUGAAUGCCGAAGAAUGGCCGGCCCUCGCUAAAACAAAAGAGAAGCAAACACUGUCUUAACAUGUAUAUAUACAGGUGUUCGGUUAUCUGAUCCCAUUUAAAAAGUAUUAACAAAAGUUGCCUUAAAGACACUUCUUCCUCUGAAGGUUUUCCCGAUUUCUUUAGUCUUUAUCACAAUCAUGCACAUUUAAGGUAAAUAAAGCAUGCAAUGCAGAAAAAAACCACAUCAUUGUUCAUGCACAGAGACUAAAUCUCAAAUAAAAUCUCAGACUAUUCUCAUCACUUGAA